AGCUUGACUAAACGCGCAGUGGCUGAUUUUUUUCGAUAAUGAGAAAAAACGUGCAUGUUCAAACGUGUGUAUUUUGUGCGUCCGUUCCGGGCAAAGAAAUAUGAGGUUAAGUGUGGAAAUCCGGACGAUUUCGAAGUACCAAUAGUAUGAAGCCGUGCUCACGAUGGUUCUUCAUUUCCCUCCUGCUGUUGCUGUUCGCCGCGAGCCAAACUACCCAAAAUUCGAUAAACGGUGCUUUCGGCAACGACUUUGACGGAUUCACCAAGACAAAGUCGAGGAAUGGCGCUGGCGUCGGUCGGUGCAAUUCUUCGUGCGAGACGAGCGAAGUUAAAGUGCAGUUCACGGCGACGAUCGUCAAGAACGAGUACAUCGUCGCCUUCGCCGGUUACUACAAGCCUCAUACUCGCGAGAAUUACAUCGGAGCAGCCUUGAACUCGUCCGGUGUUCACAAUUGGAAAAUCCUCUCCAGGGACAAUCCUGCAAGCGGUUUUCCCAGCGACUUUGACGUUGUUCUUCUCGAAGAAACUGACAAAAACAACGGACUCGUCGCACUCACCGAUCAUCCCCUGGUGCGACGCGUCACGCCGCAGAAAUUGGUUUACAGAAGCUUGAAAUAUUUGAAUCCCAACGAAGAUUCCGACAUCCCGGAAUACAAAAGCUUCAAGAGAAAAAUCAGGAGCUACGACAAUCAGUUCGCACAACCGGGAAAUCGACACUCGUCCCGAAGAUUAUUGCGAGCGAUACCACGACAAAUAACGAGCAUUCUAAAGGCAGAUGCUCUCUGGAGCAUGGGCGUAACCGGACGCGGCGUGAAGGUCGCCAUAUUCGACACUGGAUUGGCAUCGAGUCAUCCGCACUUCAAGAAUAUAAAAGAAAGAACAAAUUGGACGAACGAGAAGACUCUCGGGGAUGGACUCGGCCACGGGACCUUCGUCGCAGGCGUUAUUGCCUCCGCCUCUCACGAAUGUUACGGUUUUGCUCCUGAAGCAGAAUUACAUAUUUUCCGCGUGUUCACUAAUGAGCAGGUGUCUUACACUUCGUGGUUUCUGGACGCUUUCAAUUACGCAAUCCUUGCCAAAGUAACGGUACUGAAUCUGAGUAUCGGAGGUCCAGAUUUCAUGGACCAUCCGUUCGUCGACAAAGUGUGGGAACUGACAGCGAACGGUGUGAUAAUGGUAUCGGCGAUUGGGAACGAUGGUCCGCUUUAUGGAACGCACAACAAUCCAGCGGAUCAGAUGGACGUGAUCGGAGUCGGUGGAAUAAACUGGGAAGGUCAAAUCGCCAAUUUCUCAUCUCGGGGCAUGACCACCUGGGAAUUGCCUCACGGGUACGGACGACUAAAACCCGAUUUGGUUACGUACGGCUCCGGCGUUUGUGGAUCCGCCUUGAAAAACGGUUGUCGAACUCUCUCCGGGACCUCGGUAGCGAGCCCCGUCGUCGCCGGUGCCGUUGCCCUGUUGGCCAGCAGAUUUAUCAGCCAAGACGAGUCUCGUCGCAACGAGCACAAAAUCACGCCAGCCAGCAUGAAACAAGCCCUCUUGAGUUCAGCUCAACGUUUGCCAGGAGUCGGAAUGUUCGAACAGGGAGCCGGAAGAUUGGAUCUUCUGCAAGCAUUUAAUUUUUUGAGUUCGUACACACCGCGGGCUACUUUGAGUCCCAGUUACAUCGAUCUCACUCAAUGCCAAUACAUGUGGCCAUACUGUACACAAGCGGUUUACCACACCGGAAUGCCAACAGUUGUAAACGUCACGAUUAUAAACGGUUUAGGAGUAUCAGGGCACGUGGCAAACGUCUCGUGGCAUCCGUAUACGAAAGAGGACAACGGCGAUAAAAUUGACGUGGCUUUGACACACAGUGAUGUACUCUGGCCUUGGUCAGGAUGGCUCGCAGUCGCCAUAACUGUUCCUGCCUCUGCGGCAGACUGGCAAGGCAUUGCUCAAGGCCGCAUAACCCUGGUCGUGGAAUCGCCUCCUGGGGAAGGAGAACAGAUACCUCGACGUUCCACCAUCGACUUGCCUCUGAGAGCCAAAGUAAUCCCCACUCCUCCGAGACACAAACGAAUUCUGUGGGACCAGUACCACAAUCUGCGCUAUCCUCCAGGUUAUUUUCCACGCGAUGAUUUACGAGCGAAGAACGAUCCUCUGGACUGGAACGGUGACCACAUCCACACGAAUUUCAAGGACAUGUAUCAACAUCUGCGAAACGCUGGUUACUAUCUCGAGGUACUCGGGACGCCGUACACCUGUUUCCAAGCGAAAAACUACGGCACACUACUGAUCGUUGACACCGAAGAGGAAUUCUUUCCCGAAGAAGUUGUAAAGCUGAAGUGGGACGUCGAGGAAGAAGGACUGUCGCUGGUCGUCUUCGCCGAUUGGUACAAUGUCACUGUCAUGAGAAAAGUCAAAUUCUACGACGAAAAUACUCGGCAGUGGUGGGUCCCCGACACCGGCGGUGCUAAUGUUCCUGCUCUCAAUGAUUUGCUGUACACUAAUUGGGGCGUCGCCUUUGGCGACUGGGUGCGUGACGGAAAAUUCACACUCGGACAACACACCCCUGUGAGAUUUGCCUCCGGUACGACCAUCGGACGAUUUCCAGCAGAAGGAAUAGUUCUUCAAGCAGAUCUCCGAGAUCAGGGUGAAGAACUUGUGAUGGAAAUUGACACUGGCUCAUCCUCAUCCGUACCCAUACUUGGAUUACUUCAAACGAAAAAUGAGCCUCACAAGGAAAAUCCGGCGGAUCCGGACAGCAACGUGAAACCUCAGGACGAACGGUUAGAGAAGGAAAAAAACGAGAUGGAUCAAUCGAACAAAGCAGGUCGUCUCGUAGUAUACGGAGACUCCAAUUGCAUCGACGACAGUCAUCUACAAAAACCCGGUUGCUUUUGGAUGUUGGACGCAAUACUGGAGUACACGACGACGGGUUACGUGCCAUCAGUAUUUUUAGAAGAGAAGUAUCGUUACAGACCAAAAACGCCGACGAGUACAGGCGGCCUUGAGAUCGGAGAAUUGCCGAAACGAAUGGAAGGGAGUCACUUGAAUCGUCACAGUAAAGUCCUGGAGUCGCAGACUUCGAACGGCUUUCGAAUUCGAUCGCUCCCACAAUGUCCUGUUCCGGUUCUCGCGGUCCCAAAUCCGCUCAACGAGUCCGCUCCGACAAAUUUGUACAAGCCCCAACAGCUGGUACCGAUCGGUGAUCAUCUCGCAGUGGGGGCCGUCCCGUAUCCCGAGGAUUUGGAUUCGACAUGGUUCAAACGACGAGGCGUAGGCGGUUCGAACAAUGCUCCAGCGAGCCAUUACGAAGUAAUGGACGUUGUUCAGACUUUGCGAUCGGAUCAAGCCACGAUUUCGAAUAAACACUGGGUCGACAAUAAUCAAUGGGCGUUAAUAGCCCUUGUAAUCGUAAUUUGUGCUAUUUUCAUUUACGCGUUUAACAAUUUUCUUUGCUGCAACGCGAAAAGGCCAACUCGAAGAAAACGAGCGAUCGGACGAUUGCGCAGAGUGAUACAAGCGAUCGCUGUACGCAGAGUGCCUCAAUCGUGAUUUACGAAUUUGUUAAUAAUUAAAAUUUAAAAACAAAAAAAAUGAUUCCGGAGUUCCUCGUCUUUGAAAUGCAGCGACUUUUUGACAAAACUUUCAGUCAUUUUGGUGGCGUUUUUUUUUCGAUAUGAAAUAUUUUUUUGAUCUUUUUUUGAAGUCCCAUUUUGUUGCAGAAAGAUGGAUGUACAAUUAAAAAAUAAUUCAAGUUUUUCGUCGCAUUCCAAAGAUCGAAACUCCGAUGCCAUUACCAGAAUGCCUUACCCCGCCGUAACUUAUCGUGUUCUCAAAAAGAGAUAGACCGUGCGAAAUACGGUAAUGAGUAUGUGGAAGAUCUUUUUUAUACAUAAUUUUUUUAAAUAUGAAAGAUACGAAACGCGCACUGAUUUUAUUUAUAGGAAUAUUUUUACUGGUAAGUAGGGGCCGUGUUUUGGAGGAAGCUAAUUUGAGCUCCGAAUAUACCAAAAAAAGUGUAAGAACAAAGGAUCCACGUCGAAUAUGGUGAUUGUUGCGAUAGUUACGUCUUAGUUAUUAUGGAAGAUUAAAGGGAUUAGGUGCUUGAGGAAUUUUUGAAUUAAUCAAUUUAUUCAUUGGAAUAUAAGAGAUAAAAUGAUGACUGAAUGAUGGAAAAUUGUAAAAAGACUCAAUAAAUAUUCAAUUUUUCUAUGA